CUGUCGGGCGAAAUCUGUCGCAAAAGGGAAAAUAAUUUUGUUCACAAGUUCGAGUGUAUUUAUCAUGGAAGAUUCAAAAAGAUUUCUGGCUUUUGUGUCAGGAACUCUUUGUUUGGCGUUCCUGGCGUUUGAAGUGGCGGGCUAUCGUCUGGAAGACUUUGUUCUUACCUCGCACCAAAGCUACUUGGAGCAGCGACCGCGUUCGUAUACGCCAGAGUCUUGGGAGAGAGGAACCAACAUUAUGAACGUAAAGGAUAUUCGCCGACAGCUGGAGUUCGAGGACCUCUUCCGAAUGGAGACGGAGUUCAUAGACAAGCUGCGAUCCCAAGGCAUCGAACUGGAUGGUCCCACUUUGGACUCGACCUGCGCAUAAUCGUCUUGGCGGCCGCAUUCAGGAGCCAAUCAAAUAUCUCGUUAAUGCCGCCGCCUUGGACAAUGUUAAUGCUGGAUUCAGAGUACGAGUAUAUAUAUGUACACAGAUCGCACGGCUUGAUUGCUCAGAAUUAAAUUCAACAUUCGCCCGCCGAGUCGGGCGCUACACCUACACUGCUCAAUUACGCGACACAUCCAAUAUAAUCCUCCUCGGCCGAGUUGAACGUGCCCGACUGACAUUACUACGUACACCACUUAUACUAUAUGUACAACAUGGUUACUCGUACUACGUACUCGCAUAGCAUUGGUUGUCAGCGGCCGUACACUUCCAAUAGUUCAUUGUUUGGUUCUGCACAUGAGUAUAUUUUUAUCACACACUAUGCCCCUGCUAUUGCUGCCGAUUGUGUGCACUUUUUUCGGUUUGAAAUAAAUUGUAAAUGAUUUUUAUUAAAAUUUCCGCUUAAAUUUCUCAGCGGUAAUAUCUGGA